GUGGAGGCGAGGCCGGGCGCCGGCACACACACAUUAACACACUUGAGCCAUCACCAAUCAGCAUAGGGAUCUGAGAAUUGCUCUCACACACCAACCCAGCAGCGUCCGUGGAGAAAACUCUCACGAGCAACUCUCUUAAAAAUACCAUCAUUUCAAACCGUUGUGGUCUUUAAGCAACAACAGGGGGGAAACAACAAAAACCAAAAAAAAAAAAAAAAAAAAAAAAAAAAAAAAAAAAAAAAAAAAAAAAAAAAAAGCCCAAUCAAACAAAACUCUUGACAGGAGCUUUGACAACGCCGAGAGAAAGGAUGCCUCUUAAAGGCAGAAGACUUUAACUAAGGGCAAGCAGAUGUGUGAGAUCUUCUACUCUAAGAGUGGACAUACAUACCAGUUUUCAGAGCCCCGUAUUCGAGCCCCGUGGGACCCGGAGGCCGCCAACCAGAGCCAGCAUGCAGAACAGUCACAGCGGAGUGAAUCAGCUUGGUGGUGUCUUUGUCAACGGGCGGCCACUGCCGGACUCCACCAGGCAGAAGAUCGUAGAGCUAGCUCACAGCGGGGCCCGGCCGUGCGACAUUUCCCGAAUUCUGCAGACCCAUGCAGAUGCAAAAGUCCAAGUGCUGGACAAUGAAAACGUGUCCAACGGAUGUGUGAGUAAAAUUCUGGGCAGGUAUUACGAGACUGGCUCCAUCAGACCCAGGGCAAUCGGAGGUAGUAAGCCAAGAGUAGCGACUCCAGAAGUUGUGAGCAAAAUAGCCCAGUAUAAACGGGAGUGCCCGUCCAUCUUUGCUUGGGAAAUCCGAGACAGAUUAUUAUCCGAGGGGGUCUGUACCAACGAUAACAUACCCAGUGUGUCAUCAAUAAACAGAGUUCUUCGCAACCUGGCUAGCGAAAAGCAACAGAUGGGCGCAGACGGCAUGUAUGAUAAACUAAGGAUGUUGAACGGGCAGACCGGAAGCUGGGGCACCCGCCCUGGUUGGUAUCCCGGGACUUCAGUACCAGGGCAACCUGCACAAGAUGGCUGCCAGCAACAGGAAGGAGGGGGAGAGAACACCAACUCCAUCAGUUCCAAUGGGGAAGACUCGGAUGAGGCUCAAAUGCGACUCCAGCUGAAGCGGAAGCUGCAGAGAAAUAGAACAUCUUUCACCCAGGAGCAGAUUGAGGCUCUGGAGAAAGAGUUUGAGAGGACCCAUUAUCCAGACGUGUUUGCCCGGGAAAGACUAGCAGCCAAAAUAGAUCUCCCUGAAGCAAGAAUACAGGUAUGGUUUUCUAAUCGAAGGGCCAAAUGGAGAAGAGAAGAGAAACUGAGGAACCAGAGAAGACAGGCCAGCAACACCCCUAGUCACAUUCCUAUCAGCAGCAGUUUCAGCACCAGUGUCUACCAGCCUAUUCCACAGCCCACCACGCCUGUUUCUUCCUUCACAUCAGGCUCCAUGUUGGGCCGAACGGACACCGCCCUCACCAACACGUACAGUGCUCUGCCACCGAUGCCCAGCUUCACCAUGGCAAACAACCUGCCUAUGCAACCCCCAGUCCCCAGCCAGACCUCUUCAUACUCCUGCAUGCUACCCACCAGCCCUUCGGUAAAUGGGCGGAGUUAUGACACCUACACCCCUCCGCACAUGCAAACACACAUGAACAGUCAGCCCAUGGGCACCUCGGGGACCACUUCAACAGGACUCAUUUCCCCCGGAGUGUCAGUUCCUGUCCAAGUUCCCGGGAGUGAACCUGACAUGUCUCAGUAUUGGCCCCGAUUACAGUAAAGAGAGAGCAUGAUCGAGAGAGGAAACCGUGUUCACUCAGUCAGUGACUAUGUGGACACAAUAGUUGGGUGAUCAGGAAGGAAAGAGAAAUGGCUGUUAGAAGCACUUCACUUUGCAACUGUGUCCUGUAUUGGAGCCCGGGAAUGGACUAGAAACAAGGACCUUUGCAUACAGAAGGCGCGGUAUCAGUUGGAACAAAUCUUCAUUUUGGAAUCCAAACUUUUAUUAAUUUCGGUGUAUUAUUUGUAAAUGGGCAUUUGUAUGUUAUAACGAAGAAAAGAACAACCCAGGCUGGUGGACCUUGGAUCUGUGUUGGCUCAUGUGGUUGUCUAAAGGAAACCGUGAUUGACAAGAUUUGCCAUGGAUUUAAGAGUUUUAUCAAGAUAUAUCGAAUACUUCUACCCAUCUGUUCAUAGUUUAUGGACCGAUGUUCCAAGUUUGUAUCAUUCCUUUGCAUAUAAUUAAACCUGGAACAACACACACUAGAUAUAUGUAAGAAAUAUCCAUUGGUUUUCCAAAGGUUGUUAACAGAUGAAGUUUAUGUGCAAAAAAGGGUAAGAUAUAAAUUCAAGGAGAAGUUGAUAGCUAAAAGGUAGAGCGUGUCUUCGAUAUAAUCCAAUUUGUUUUAUGUCAAAAUGUAAGUAUUUGUCUUCCCUAGAAAUCCUCAGAAUGAUUUCUAUAAUAAAGUUAAUUUCAUUUAUAUUUGACAAGAAUACUCUAUAGAUGUUUUAUACACAUUUUCAUGCAAUCAUUUGUUUCUUUCUUGGCCAGCAAAAAAUUAAUUGUUCUUAGAUAUAGCUGUAUUACUGUUCACAGUCCAAUCAUUUUGUGCAUCUAGAAUUCAUUCCUAAUCAAUUAAAAGUGCUUGCAAGAGUUUUAAACCUAAGUGUUUUGAAGUUGUUCACAAAUACAUAUCAAAAUUAACCAUUGUUGAUUGUAAAAACCAUGCCAAAGCCUUUGUAUUUUCUUUAUUACACUAUUUUCUUUUUAACCUUAUAGUGUGGUGUUACAAAUUUUGUUUCCACAUUAGGUUAACAUCCUCAAUCAAUGGUUAGGUUCCUAUACACUCCAUUUUACAACCUGGUGGUCCUCAAGGAAAAAAAAAAUUAUAGACACCAGAAGUUGACUAUGUAUCAGGAAAAAAAAAAACCAUUCACAGCUGUGAGGAUCUGCAUCCUACAACAUGUACGGAAAAAGGCAGUCCUUCCAAUUUAUCCAUUUAUUUCAUUUAAGAGCUCAAAGUGUAGAAAUAAUUUUUAAAAAUGUAACAUGGAUUCCCUAGGAAUCGUGUUUUGAACUGAGGCUGGCAUUUUCAAACUGGGCAGCCAAAAUCUCCACAACAAUUUCACUGAAGUAUAUUCAAAGGUUGAGUUCUGAAACAAGACUCUCGGAAAGCUGCUGCCCCUCUUAGAUAUCCCCUCUCCCUGUCCUGUCUCCGUCCUCUUUGUACAAGAGGCACAUUUCCCACUGAACCCCUACAGCUGUUCCCAUUUGAGUCCUGCUUUCUGUGCCGCUGUGGCUGGUUGGAGGGUGGAGGGGGGAUGUUGCGUGUCAAGAAAUAAUGAGCGCAGACACAUCAGCAGACAACAACAAAGCAGGCUGUGACUGGCCGGUGGGAGUUAAAGGCCUUCAGUCAUUGGCAGCUGAAGCCAAACAUCCCCAAGUCUACGAAGCAGGGCCCAUUGUUGGUCAGUUGUUAUUUGCAGAGAAGCACAGAUCUGAUCAUGUUUAAAGUGGCGGCACGCAGGGCAGGAGUGCCUGAGCCCAAGCAGAGGACGGAAGAAAUAAGCCUUUGUUGGGUAGAAAAAGGCUGGCCUGCCUGUUAUUUUCUGUCUGCUCUGGGCAACACCUAAGUCAAAGUAGACAUAUUUUUCUUUAGUGAACUGCAGUGAAAAAACGUGUGUGUGGGGGGCUCCUGACUGUCUGGAUUAAAAAUAUUCAUACAUGGAGAAAUGUCUGGGUACACACUUCCAUGGACUCAAACUCUGAUAUAUAUAUAUUUUUUCAGUCCCAAAGACAAAUGAUAAGAAAUACAUGACUUGAGGAUUUGGACAUCUCCCAUUUGGUAGAUAAGCUAUCACCUACGAGCAAAUGACUUAGAUCUAUUCAUUUUCUUCUAGUAGAACUGCUUUCUGUUUAGAGAUGCCAUCCUAACUGGACUGCUGUUUUUGUGUGUGCACUUGUAAUCACUGUCCGUGUCAGGCUGCACCGCCUGCUGGCACACACAGACUACUGGUACAAUCGCCCUUGCAGACAUUUCUGCCUCCUGACAUUUUGCAGCCUCCAUUCCCCUAGGGAUGUGUGUUGAAGGAACUGUCAGAGAAGGGCUGUCUGCAUUGCAGCCACUCCUGGCUAGCUUACUUCUUCCUCAGGAGAAAAAAAAAAGAGCAGUUUCUAACUGGCUGUGUUUGGGCUGGGGUCAGGCAGUCUGUGCUGGCCCCCUGCCCUGCUGCGGAGAGCACACGGAAUUCGGGGUGUCAGAUCUGGGAGUGAUGUGAGGACUGAGGCUCUGGAUGUGUGCAGCUGGGCACGUAUACAAGUCCUCAGAGGGUCAAGACUGCCAGGGUGCAGUGGCACAGCCUGCUAUGUUCUGAAGGAGGGAUGCUCAGCUGUGGAAGCCUCGGGUCCAGCAGGAUGAGAGCAGCAGCCUUGCCUUCUGCCCGCAUGCACCCUAGAGGGAUGAGCUGUCUGUAUCCCAGGCUGUGUGGUUCCGGUGCUCGGGAACUGGGUUUUGACUCCCAGUAAUCAUUCUCAUUUGUUUAUUUACUGACGGAUAUGUUUAUAGAUUUCGCAGUGGAAAAUCUUGCAGGGUGUUUUAGUGCCAUUUUCCAGGAUGAAGGCCAAAUUUUAUGACAUUCUCUGUGCAAACAGCUUACAUUUUAUCUCAAGGUUUGACUAACUUGGGGACGUCAGGUGAAUGGAAUCAGAGCUGAAUCAGUCUAGGUCAGUGUUUUUCAACUUUCCUAACGCUGCGACCCUUUAAUUCAGUUCCUCACAUGGUGGUGACUCCCAGCCAUAAUCUUAUUAUGGCCUUUGCUAUUUCGUAACUGUAAUUUUCUACUGUUGUGAACUGUAAUGUAAAUAUCUGAUAUGCAGGAAUGACCCCUGUGAAAGAGUCAUUCAAUCCCCCAAAGUGGUCUCAACUCACGCGUUGAGAACCGCUACUCCAGGUGAAAAUAACUUUGCUUUUCGCCACAAUGAAAUUCCCAGGACGAACCUUCCAACCACUCUUACAUGGUGGUGAACAACUGGCUUCUCAGCACUGCUUACAUCACCUCCUCUUCCUGCUUAAACGAAACAUCACAAAUGGGUUUCCUAAAAAUUCCAUGUGUGGUGUUAGCGUUUAGCUGCUUUGUUCUUGAGCGUUUGCGGUCACAGGAUGGCACUGACUGACUAUCUCUAUUCACGUCUUUGUGCUCUGGGCCUUAAUGUUCUCAAAAAAAAGUGAUUUUUUUUGUUUUGUUUUGAGGGGGUGGUCUCUAUAUUGAGUUUAUAGAUGGCAAAUACACAUGAUUCUGUUUUUCAAUAACUUUUUUUGCCUUGGUCAUAGAUGAAUACACUGCUUGCUCAUUUUUCAAGUUCAAAGUGUAAACCUUUAGGGCUUAUAUUGCUUAAUUCGGAUACUGUUGAUGGUGACUAUCUUGGGAAUAUAGUAAUAUGAUGUCAUAGAGAUGAUAUUUAUAAUGGGCUUAACUGAUAUGGGUUUCCCCACAUGCCCUUGCUCUAGGUGUAUGUGUAUGUCCCAUUCAUUAAAAUUAAAAGACAGGGACUCAACAGCAGGAUAUCCCUUGCUUUUAAAGCAUUUUCAUUUGUUCUGGUGUUAGUACUAGAAGGUUCUGGGCGUAGUAUUAAGGAAUAAGUAAAAAAUAAGUUAAGAAAAGUGAUCUCGCUUAGUGGCUAUUCACAAAAAAUGCAGAUGGUCUCAGAGCCCUUUGCCUGAGCAACCUAUAGUAGUCAAAAUAUUUACCUCACAUUAAAAAAAGGCAGAUCUAGCGCAGGAAUGAAUACCAGAAAGGGGUUUGGGGUUCACACACUAGAAAUACUGAAAAGAUAGGGAUAUUAUAGAUCUUCUAUUUGACAGUGUUAAGUAUUUAUAUUCCAGAGAGUUUAAAAUAUACGAGUAGAGUAUAUAUUUUAUAAUGCAUCAGAAGGACAUGCAUAUAUAUAUAGUGGCAUGUAAUAUACAUAUAUUAAUGUUUGUAUUUUGAAGAGCAAUAUUUUUAUGUGGGAAGUUUUUGGGGUAAUAGAGAACAAAUAAUCUCUAGAUGAAGGAAAACAUAUUUUGAGAAUGGGUUUGUAUCAGAAGUAAACAAAAACCAGCAACGUACAGCUGUUUACAAUAGCAGCUUCUUCUUCAUUAUUAUUAUUAUUAUUAUUAUUAUUAUUAUGAUGAUGAUGAUGAUGAUGUGCCGAGGGAGCCUGAGAAACAACGUAGUGGAUGUGGUGCUUUUGGACAGUCCAGGUACUCUAUUUAUCGAAGAAUUCAAAAAGUUUAAUUUCUCUCUAAACUAAGGGUUCAAAUAUGCUUACUCAAUUUCUAGGGAAUUUGUCUAUUUGUAAAGCUCAUACCUACUAAGAGUUGACUGUUAACUUUAUAGAUGUCGUAGCCAAGCAGCAGACCAAUGAUUUAUGAAGUAUUUCAUGAGCAGUUUGCCUAUGCGAUGGCCUCGCCCUUCCUUUCAGCGUCAGAUGCCAUGUGAAGGUGCUGUGGUGUGUGUGGGGAUGAUUCUCAGCGGGGUAAGAGCAAGGUUAGUUAUUACACCAGUCAAACACUCACAGUCUGUCAGAGGACGGCGGGCUUCUGUGGAUACCGCGCAACCUGACUGAUUAUCGAUGGAGGAAAUCAAUUUUUUGAAGUUGUUUUAAAUCUUAAAAGUACCUCUCCUCAACAUAAAAGCCCUUUAAUUUUAACUGACAGAUCAAUUCUGAAACUUUAUUUUGAAAAGAAAAUGGGGAAGAAUUUGUGUCUUUAGAAUUAAAUGAGAUAAAAAAAAUAAAUCAGACAUUCUAAAAAAAAUAAAAAAUCAACCUGAUUUUUUUUUUUAGUGCUAAUGAAGUCGUGGUGACAAAAUAGUUGUCUUUUUGAUUUUAUCACAAAAAAUAAACUGGUAGUGACAGGGUAUGAUGGAGAGAUUGACGUCCUGGCAAAUCACUGCCAUUGAUUCAAUUAUUCUAAUUCUGAAUAAGAGCUGUAUACAGUCUGUGUUUAUGCUACAGUGGGCUUUUUUUUUUUUAAGUGACUGACAUUCAUCAUAUUGGUUAGACAGUUUUAAAGAGCUAGUCUUUGUUUUCUACAAUGUUGUCAAGAGCAAAUAGAGUAUAAUUUGUGGUAUAUUAAAAGGAAGCUGCUUAAGAUGUUAGUUAAAGGUGCUUCAAAAUAUUCUAAUUUAUUUGAAAAUGUAUUUUGGAAAUUCAAUUUCUGCCAGUAGAUGCUAAACAUCUUUGAAAAACCUCGGGUCUUUAAGUACAUGCCGGGGGCUUUUUACCUUUCACUUUGUCCUAUGGUUUGCCAAACCCUUCAAGAAUACAGACCUAUGGCGCCAAACCCUAGUGUCUUACAGGAAAACUUGGUCCAUAUGCUGUGUUCCCAAGACAUGUUCCAUGUUAGAGACUCAUUAACAUGCCCAGCCAAUGCUCAUAGUUAACAAAGGGUUGAGGGGACACAAUGGAAAUCUGAGUUCGGUUUAGUUUUCCACUGUCUUAGAACCGCAUUACAUAAGCUGUUCACUGGGCUUCGUGGACAUCUCUGGGACACCAGCGUCAGUGGAGCUUCUAGCUUGAAUUUCCAUUUUGAAUUUUGUCUGUUGACAUAAUUUCACAGCACUGAUAUUGGUCAUUUGGAAGUUUAGAUCAGCAGUCUACCCAGCUGCUUUGUGCAGUCCAUCAAGUUCCGUAUGUACUACUGUGUGGGGUAAGUGAGACGAAACCCCCCAAAUAUGACUUUUGCCUUUACCACUUUAAAUAACAGGAUGCACCAAUGCAAACCGUUUCAUAUACUAGCAAACAAAACAUUCUUUUAAAAAAGUCUUAACAGUUUUUGGUGACCUUUUCAGAA